GGUUCCGGGGUAUCAAGUUUCCGCACCCGCCUCCUGAGACUCCCAUUUCUCCCCAGACCCCGAGGAUGCGGUUCGUGAUGUCCCGAACUCUGCUCCUGCUGCUGUUGGGGGCCCUGGCCGCGCCCCAGACCUGGGCGGGCUCCCACUCCCUGAGGUAUUUCUACACCGCGGUGUCCCGGCCCGGCCUCGGGGAGCCCCGCUUCAUCGCCGUGGGCUACGUGGACGACACGCAGUUCGUGCGGUUCGACAGCGACGCCCCGAAUUCGAGGAUGGAGCCGCGGGCGCCGUGGAUGGAGCAGGUGGGGCCGGAGUAUUGGGACAAGCAGACGCGGAUCGCGAAGAACGACGAACAGAUUUACCGAGGGAACCUUCAGACCGCCCUCCGCUACUACAACCAGAGCGAGUCCGGGUCGCACAACAUCCAGACAAUGUAUGGCUGUGACGUGGGCCCAGACCGGCGCUUCCUCCGCGGGUACAGUCAGGAGUCCUACGACGGCGCGGAUUACAUCUCCCUGAACGAGGACCUGCGCUCCUGGACGGCGGCGGACACCGCGGCGCAGAUCACACGCCGCAAGUGGGAGGUGGCCGGUGUGGCAGAGCAGGCCAGGAACUACCUGGAGGGCACGUGCGUGGAGUGGCUCGCCAAAUACCUGGACAUGGGGAAGGAGACGCUGCUGCGCGCAGAAUCUCCCGACACACGGGUGACCCGCCACCCCAUCUCUGACCGUGAGGUGACCCUGAGGUGCUGGGCCCUGGGUUUCUACCCUGCGGAGAUCACCCUGACCUGGCAGCGUGAUGGGCAGGACCACACCCAGGACGCAGAGCUUGUGGAGACCAGGCCUGCGGGAGAUGGGACCUUCCAGAAGUGGGCGGCUGUGGUGGUGCCUUCUGGAGAGGAGCAGAGAUACACGUGCCAUGUGCAGCACGAGGGGCUGCCCCAGCCCAUCACCCUGAGAUGGGAGCCAUCCUCUCAGCCCUCCAUCCCCAUCCUGGGCAUCAUGGCUGGUGUGGCUAUCCUUGUGGUCACUGUGGUGGUUGGAGCUGUGAUCUGGAGGAGGAAGUUCUCAGGAGGAAAGGGACCAAGCUAUUCUCACGCUGCACGCGAUGACAGUACUCAGGGCUCUGAUUCGUCUGUAAUGGCUCCUAAAGAACCUUGUCUCACCAGGACCAUGACUACAGGGACAUGGACGUCAUCUGUCACCAGGACCUUGUGAAGCAAGAGCUUCCUGUGACUGGGUCAGCCCAGAUUCCAUCCUGGGUCGUGACCUCAGCCCCAUCUUUGGGUGUUUUCCCCCAUUGUUCCUAUGGAGCAUCAGGCCUGUUCUUGCUCUUGUGUCCAAGUUCCUGUCUCAUUCUCCCCGGGUGACCCCAGUGGCUGCAGCACCAGGAGUUCUUUGGACUCUCGUUCUCACAGGCCUUGGUGGCCCCUGCACACAGAAGUCUCUGGGGUUUGGAGAGGUGAAUUUUCAGAUUGAUCCAUCUCCUCCCUCUCGAGCUGUCUUCUGGAUUAUUCUUUAGAUUCUGGAGGUUGAGAGGAAACUGGGAGUUUCUCAUCCUUCUUCAACUUAAUUUACUUUCUACCUCCCUGUCUCUCUGCCCCCUCUCCAUGCCCUUAGUGAUGCUGGUUCUUGCUCCCAUCCAAGUUCAUGGAUGUAUAAAGAAGGGUCUAAUGUAGAUUUCUAUUUGGUUGGAGAAAGGGCCCCAUGGAGCCUACAUACAGUGAUUCUGAAGAUAGGACUGUAACUGUAUGCUGUGCUGUGCAGGGGAAAUGCUGUGGGAGGGGGGAGCUGAGCAGAGAGAGGAAGGGGGGAGCAGCCCUGAGGGAAAGUAGAAGCGGCACUGAUGGUGAGGUGGAGGUACUUUGUGCGGGAGCUGCCACGGACCGACUGUGCCUAAGGCUCAUCCAGAAGACACAGGUCCUCUCUGCUGACCAAUCGUUCCACUGAUAAUCUCGUGUGCCACUUGCAGGACCUGCUAUUUUUUUCAUCUAGGACACCUCAGUAACUAAGAAGAGGCAAACAUGCUGGUCUUGUGGAGAAUAUGUCCUAGGGGUGAGGGACAGACUCCACUUGACCCUGGAACAAUGUGGGGACUGAGGGCAAUCACCCCAUUGAGCAGUCAGAAAUCCAAGUAUAACUUUUGACUCCCCUGAAAGUUAAAUACUACCACUAAUAAUGUACGGUUCAUAAGAAGCCUUACUGAAAAGAGGAAUAGUCAUUUAACACAUAUUUUGUACGUUACAUGUAUAUGUAACGUGUAUUCUUACAAUAAAAUAGGUUGGAGAAAAUAGUAAGAAAGCGUAAGAGAAAGUGCAUUGACAGCACUUUUGUAAAAAAGUCCACAUAUCGGUGGAUGUCCCCAGUUCAAAGUGUAAUUCAGAGUCAACUGUAUAUUGUUAUAAAUGUGGUAAAUAAGGGAAGUGUUUAAAUUGGAAAUUGGUAGGUGCUUUGAGGAAGGUGACCCAGAGAGUUACCUGUGGGGGGACAGGGAAGGUGGCUACUUUACUAGGGUGGUAAGUGUGAGCUUCACUGGGAAGCUGACCUCUGAGAGAUGUGUGGGACACAAGGAAUUGUUGAAGAGCAUGUCUCAGGGAGUUCUUUCCAGGCAGGGGAACCUCCAGGCACACGCACUAGGGCAGGAACGUGUCCUUGUUCAAGGAAGGGUGAGAGGCCACUGUGGCUGGAGCAGAGAGCAUGUGAAAUGCGGUCAGAUUUCUAGACUUUAGGAUUAGAAGGCUUUUGAGUUUUCUCUGAGUGACAUGUGGAGUCACCGGAUGGUUUAGAUCAGAUGGUUCACGUCGUACUACUUGUCUUAGCAGCAUGUUUGCUGCUGUGCAGAAUCGAGAGGUGAAGGGCGGGAGACCAGUAGGGAAAGUGUAGGAAGCCAGUGCAGUUUCCAGGAGGGGGGAAUGUUGGAUUUAUUUUGGGGUUUGAGGAGAGAAAAUAACAGGAAGUGACUCUACUCUUGUUAUUUUGUGUGUGUGUGUGUGUGUGUGUGUGUGUGUGUGUGUGUGUUCUGGAUACAUUUAAAGAUGAACUUUGCAGCAUGUCAUAAUGUAUUAAUUCUGGGUUGUGAGAAGGAGGAAUCAAGGACAGCAUCCAAUACUUCAGACUGCAAGAAGAAAGAGGGGGGUGUCUUCCAAUGAGACAGGGAAGAUUUUGGAAGUAGGACAUUCGGGGAAGUUGCGUCACAAGCACCCAAUUUAGGAAUGUCGAAUCUGAGAUUAUUAGAAAAGCAAGCGAAGAUCCAGCUGGAUAUAGAGUGCAGGGUGGGAAAAUAUCUAGGUUGGAGGAAUAGAUAUGGAGGUGACACCAAAUAAAUGAUGUUUAGAGCCUUCAGCAUAGAUGAGGUCACCAAGGGAUGAUGGCCAUAGAAGAGAAAGGAACAGGACCAAACCCUGGACCCCUCAGUGCUAAGCAAGCUGAUCAGAGCACAUGCACAUACUGAACAGUUCUGGUUCUGCACCUAGAAGGCACACACUCCAGGGAGACCCAGCCUUCAGUGUCCACUGGAAUUUCCUGGACUUAGGAAGAGCUAGACAACCUGGAGUAGAGCGUGAGAUUCUGGGUUUAUAACAAGUUUGGUGCUGCUUCUGGUCUUCAGAUCACACACUGAGCACCAAGCACAUAAAGCAGGAUCCCACAUGGCUGUGCCUCAGCCUCUCCUGUGGGGCUUAUUAAGUAGUGAUUCCUGGGUCCACGCCCAACACUCUAACAGGGUAUGUGGAGAGAGGCCUGAGUGUUUUGUAACGAACCCACGAGCAAUCCUGGGGUUCCACCAGAUAGAGUUGCAGUGAAGUCACUGAUGAGAGCCCUCAUUGUGGGAAGGGGUCUUACAUCCACAUUUAAAUGUUGUAGUUUUUUCUAGGAAGAAAAAUGCAAGACCUGCUGGGAGAUACAUAUUUUCUCUCCCAGGGGGCAGAGCCGGGUGGCAGAUUGAGGAUGUGGUUAUCAGCUCAACAUAAAAUCUCCGAAAUAACAAGAGCGUAGAUCUUAAAUGUUUUCCCCACACAAAAGGAAAUGGUAACUAUGUGACACGGUGCAGGUCUUAGCUAUGGUUGUAAGCAUUUUGCAGCAUAGAAACGUAUCAAAUCAAGAGAUUGUAGCCUUAAACUGACACAAUGGUGUAUGCCAGUUCUAUCUCAGUAAAACUGGUGAAAAAAAGUCUGAAAUCAUGCUCUCUAACGCUA